AUGAAAGACCUUUUAUUCUCCAAAGCGCAGACGGGUGAAGCAUCAGGCAGUGGAGGCAUUUCCCGUUUCCAAGAUCAGCACACACGGCUCGGCCGGCCGUUGCUAGGCACAGUGCUGACAGUCCAAGCCCCUAUCGUUGCCAUGCUAGCUGCCCAGGCUUUCGACUUCGUGAUGAUCGACAUGGAGCAUUCUCCCAUGUCGGCGGAGCAAAUGACUCAGAUGGUGCACGGCGUAGUGGCGGCGUCGAAGGGCAAGUGCUUGGCCAUCGUCCGCGUCCCUUCUCAUGACGUCGAAUGGAUCAAAUGGGCAUUGGAUAGUGGCGCGGCAGGGAUCAUCAUACCGAUGGUAAACAACGCCGCUGAAAUGGAAUGCAUCAUCUCCCAUGCGAUCUACCCUCCCAGGGGCAAACGGAGCUUUGGUCCUUUCAACGCCGCAUUCGGCAGACAGCUCCUCGGAACCCAGUUCGGCACGUACUACGAUAUGGCGCAAAACGAUGGAGUUGCAAUUCUCCCCAUCAUCGAGUCAGCGGAAGGAAUCAAGAACGCCGACGCCAUCAUGGGGGUGCGCGGCGUGUCCGGUGCUUUUAUCGGCCCUUACGACCUGCGGCUCUCUCUUGGAUUGUCGGGAGGGGUGGACGGUCCCGAGCCAGAGUUUGCGCAGGCUCUCUCAACAGUGCUUGCUGCUGCUAAGAAGCAUGGAAAGGUCGUGGGGUCGAUGGCGACUACGUCCGAGAUGGUGACAAGGCGGACUGAGAUGGGUAUGACUUUCCUGCUAGUGACUUUGGACUACAAUGUUCUGGUGUCUGGAUUUGCACUAGCGGUGGAGCAAGGUAAAGAAGCACUAAAGAGAGUUAGACAUCUUCCAUCCCGUCUGUAA